AUGAAGAUCGUGCUACAAAAGGUCAGCCAGGCCUCUGUCCACGUUGGAAAUGAACUUGUAUCUACCAUUAAGCAUGGCUAUAUGCUCCUAGUUGGGGUGUCUAUAGAGGACUCAAUUGAAGAUGUUACCAAGUCAGCGAACAAAGUUCUUGCCCUGCGUGCUUUUGAAGAUGACAGUGGUUCCUUGUGGAAGAAGAAUAUCAAAGACGUCAGCGGUGAAAUCCUCUCCGUAUCACAGUUUACAUUGUUAGGUAGAACAAAGAAAGGCAGUAAACCGGAUUUCCAUAUGGCCCAGAAGGGCCCACUGGCAAAGGAGUUGUAUGACGAGUUUCUACUACAGCUAAAAAAAGAACUAGGCGAUGACAGGGUAAAAGACGGCAAAUUCGGCGCUAUGAUGAGCUGCUCUCUAACAAACGAAGGCCCGGUGACCAUUAUUUUAGACACUGAAGAUAAAAAGUAA